AUGUCACACCUACGAGGGUUCCGAGUCUACGGCGGAGGGAGGAUGCAGCGCAAGGAUCCUCCGCCAGCUCCGCCCAGUCACUGGUGGUUUCUAGCUGGAACAGUGACGGUGAACAGUCUGAUGUUCUGGGCAUUUUACAUGUGGCAGCGUUACAGAGAAGAAGGUCGUCAUUUUAACCUGCUGGAGUGGGCAUCAUCUCUUACGACCAGUAACAAGGAUCCAUGCACGGACUGCAUAGGUAGCAAGAGUAAAGGUGUACCAAUCGAUUACGAAGACGUGCAGGCCAACCUGGAUGAGAUGAGAGAAGAGAUCCUUGCGCUCAGAAGAGAGAAACUGAUUUAUCAGAAACAGAUAGCAAAAUUGGAGAAGAAAAUGCUAUCUCAAGAGAAAGAGUUGGAAGAACUUAGGGCUAGAAUGGAUACUGUGCAAAAGAUAACGAUCGAUGUGCAGAAACGUUAUGAUCUUGUGUUCAGAAACAUAGUACUUCUCGCUCCAGUAUUUUACCAACCACCUGUUCAAGAUUUGCGAAACCAACGAUAUCUGAAAAUUUUCGGUAUAACAACUUUUUGGGUCUAUGAAGGUGCUGACGAAAAGACAAGACUGUUAUGUAGUGACGAUUCCGAAGAGGAUUAG